AUGUCGGACACCGCCGGAGCGGCAUACGUCCCCCUCAGCCAGGGCUUUGGAUAUGGCAUUAUCCUUGGACUUGGGUUUGCCUUUGCCUUGGGUAUGAUUGGCACGACAUGGGCACUGAAGAGAUACCAUGGAGAGGUUCAAACCUCUGAAGAAUUCUCAACAGCUGGUCGAACCGUCAAAUCGGGUCUCGUUGCUGCAGCGGUCGUCUCCAGCUGGACCUGGGCUGCGACUUUGCUUCAAUCUUCCGGUGUUGCCUAUUCUUAUGGUGUCUCUGGUCCCUUCUGGUAUGCGUCUGGAGCCACGGUUCAGAUCUUGCUCUUCGCUACCUUGGCCAUUGAACUGAAAAGACGAGCACCGAAUGCACAUACCUUCCUUGAGGUCAUCAAGGCUAGAUAUGGCGUCGUCACGCAUGUCGUCUUCCUCAUCUUCGGUCUCAUGACCAACAUCCUCGUGACCGCGAUGCUCCUGACCGGGGGCAGCGCCGUGGCCAGUUCUCUUUGCGGUGUUCCCACAGCAGCCGCCUGCUUUCUUUUGCCGGUUGGAGUCGUGCUUUACACCAUGUUUGGCGGAAUUAAGGCGACAUUUUUGACCGAUUACGUCCACACGGUAAUCAUUUUGGUCAUUAUCUUCGUCUUUGCCUUCAGCACAUAUGCCACCAACGAAGUCGUUGGAUCUCCAAGCAAGGUCUGGGAACUUCUUGUUCAAGCAAGCCAGCGACAUCCUGUCGACGGCAAUGCCCAUGGUAGCUAUCUGACCAUGCGAAGCCGUGAAGGAGCCAUCUUCUUCGUCAUCAACAUCGUUGGAAACUUUGGAACCGUGUUCCUUGACAACGGCUACUACAACAAAGCCAUUGCGGCCUCUCCGGUCGACGCGCUCCCCGGAUACGUAAUGGGAGGUCUCUCCUGGUUCGCCAUUCCCUGGCUUUGUGCGACCACCAUGGGCCUAGCAGCUUUGGCAUUGGAGAACAACCCGGUUUUCCCAACCUAUCCUGAGCGCAUGGCGCACGCGGACGUCAGUGCUGGAUUGGUGCUUCCCUACGCCGCUGUCGCCCUCCUGGGCAAAGGUGGUGCUGCAGCAACUCUACUUUUGAUCUUCAUGGCGGUUACCUCCGCCUCAUCCGCCGAGUUGAUUGCUGUCUCUUCAAUCUGGACAUACGACAUCUAUCAAACCUAUAUCAACCCCAAGGCGUCAGGAAAGUUCUUGAUCCGAAUGUCCCACGCUGCCUGCGUGGUCUACGCCGUCGCUCUCGCAAGCUUUUCCACCGGUCUCUUCUACGCGGGUGUCUCCAUGGGCUACCUGUAUCUUUUGAUGGGUUGCAUUAUUAGCAGUGCGGUCAUCCCCGCAACUCUAGCAUUGAUGUGGAAAGACCAGAACUGGCAAGCUGCCGCCGGCGCGCCAGUGCUAGGUCUCGCAUGCGCCUUGAUUGCCUGGCUCGUGACAGCGAAGAAAGAAUGCGGUGUCCUGAACGUCGACUGCACGGGCUCCAACAACCCGAUGCUUGCGGGCAACGUCACCGCGCUGCUCAGUCCAAUCAUCUUCAUCCCUCUGCUCACCUACGGAUUCGGCAAGCAGAACUACGACUGGCAAUCAAUGCGUGCGAUCCGUAAGGGCGAUGAUACCGAAAUCAUCCGUCGAGCCAGCGUCGAUACCGAGAUCGUGCCCACCGUCACCUCGCGCUCUGCGGAGGAGGAAGCCGCCGAACAAGCCAAAUUGAACAAGGCCGCCAUCAUCUCUCGCAGCUUGACUGGCUUCAUGACCAUCGCUUUGCUCGUUCUAUGGCCCAUGCCCAUGUACGGCUCCGGGUAUAUUUUCAGCAAGAGCUUCUUCACCGGCUGGGUGGUUGUCGGCAUUCUCUGGCUCUUCUGCAGCACAUUCUGCGUCGGCCUGUUCCCACUCUGGCAAGGCCGCCAAACCAUGAGUCACACCGUGAAAUCCAUGAUUCUCGAUAUCACGGGCAAGAAGAAACCUGCUAUCCACGGCCGUGUUGCGGAGGUCGAGGAUGAGAGUGGUCAGCAGACGCCCGAGGAAACGGUCGCUAUCAAGAGCCAGUAA